AAAUACACCCAAUGUCAACGACGUGUUCUUAUGUUGAAAUGGCAGCGCGGUUAUGGCAAGUAAAUAGUUUUUUUAGCGUGCGGAAGCGAUCGGACUGCAGAGGAGGCUUCGGGACUGUUUCCGCACGCUGGAGGAGAGCAGGGCCCAGUGACCCACAUUCAGAGAGUCCCUGCGCACGGGCGGCCGAGCGUGUGAAUACCUGCCUGUGUGUAUGUGUGUGUGCGGCGGUGUGUGUACAUCUGCCGCGAAAAAUGUUGUGACUAUCGCUUCUUUUCGACAUUUGACGGCGAGAAACAUGGAUUGUUCGUGCGGUGUUCGCUAUGAUCCGUCUGUGGCAGGAUGUUUUGUCACGUUUUCUCGAGGGGACCGCUGGCCAGCGUUACAUUUGAGAGAUUAUUUGCGGCCAAUGUCAGCGGCUUGCGUGACAGCUUGAGAGGCUCCCGGCCAGCUUGCGGAUAGUGAAUCAUAUCCUCACGUUUUGUCAGUAAUAGGUUAACCAUUACGUCGUAAAUCAUAUGUAUGCCUCCCGUGGAGUGGGAACGGAGCCAGUCGUUUAUUUAUACAUUCAGAUUUGCCGGGCAGUCAUGUCCUGCCCAGGGGCCGGCACCAUGUCACACCCCCAAUGACUUUAGAGUCAUCCUGGAUGAAAGAGUCUGCUUUGACCACUGUUCUUUCACCAUCAAGAAAAGUACCUCUGUAACUGGCCCUUCUCACAGACUGCAGUGGGGGUGCUCUUCCAAAUGCCUACCUCACGACUAAAGAGCCAAUCACUGCCGCGUCAACCCUGAAUAACUGCCACCAUGACAUCUAGCAUCGGGGAUGAUUGUAGCAUCUUUGAUGGGUUGAUGGAAGAAGAUGAGAAGGACAAAGCAAAACGUGUGUCCCGGAACAAGUCGGAGAAGAAGCGGAGAGAUCAGUUCAAUGUCCUCAUCAAGGAACUCGGCACCAUGCUGCCUGGCAACACCAGGAAGAUGGACAAGUCCACCAUCCUGCAGAAAAGCAUCGACUUCCUUUGUAAACACAAGGAGAUCACAGCCCAGUCGGAGUCCAGUGAGAUCAGACAGGACUGGAAGCCUGCGUUUCUUAGCAACGAGGAAUUCACCCAACUCAUGCUGGAGGCACUGGACGGCUUCUUCAUAGCAAUAAUGACUGAUGGAAACAUCAUCUACGUCUCAGAGAGCGUGACCUCACUGCUGGAGCACCUACCGGCGGACCUGAUGGACCAGAACCUGUUAAACUUCCUGCCGCUUGGAGAGCACUCUGAUGUCUACAAAGCUCUGUCGACGCACGCCGCGGAUCCUGAGAGCCAUGGCUCCGAUUACCUCAAGACUAAGAACCAGCUGGAGUUCUGUUGUCACAUGCUGCGAGGAGCCAUUGACCCGAAGGAGCCCCCUGUCUACGAAAACGUCAAGUUCAUCGGAAACUUCAAAUCCCUAAACAAUGUGCCCAACAUGACAAGAAACGGUCUGGCGGGGGUGCUGCAGAGAUCGCUACAGCCUGCCUUUGAUGACCAGGUCUGCUUCGUAGCCACCGUGCGACUGGCUAAGCCUCAGUUUAUUAAGGAGAUGUGCACGGUGGAGGAGCCUAAUGAAGAGUUCACAUCCAGGCACAGUCUAGAGUGGAAGUUCCUUUUCUUGGACCACAGGGCUCCACCAAUCAUAGGCUACCUGCCUUUCGAGGUUUUGGGAACAUCGGGGUAUGACUAUUAUCACGUGGACGACCUGGAGAUACUGGCGAAAUGCCACGAGCACUUGAUGCAGUACGGUAAAGGGAAGUCGUGCUACUACCGCUUCCUGACCAAAGGUCAGCAGUGGAUCUGGCUCCAGACCCACUGCUACAUCACCUACCACCAGUGGAACUCCAGGCCAGAGUUUAUAGUCUGCACACAUACGGUUGUCAGCUAUGCUGAGGUGCGGGCCGAGCAGCGCAGGGAGCUGGGGAUCGAGGAGUCUGCUCCAGAGGUCACUGCUGACAAGAGCCAGGACUCUGAGUCUGAGUCCCAGCUGAAUACUUCCAGCCUGAAGGAGGCGCUGGAGCGCUUUGAGCCAAGCCAGACGCACUCUGAGUCCUCCCGCAGCUCGCAGAAGUCCUCCUCCCACAUCUCCGACAACACAUGCACUUCCACGGCCUCCAAGCUGCACAUGGACACGGCCACGCCCCCCCGCCAGUCGCUGGCCUCCACCAUGGAGGUGGCGUCGCAGCGGCGGUCCUCCAUCAGCAGCCAGUCCAUGAGCUCUCAGACCACGAGUCAGAGUGUCACUCCAGCCAUGAUCAAUCAACAACAACAACAGCAGCAACAACAACAACAACAACAACAGCAACAGCAGCAGCAACAACAACAACAGCAAACACAACAACUACAGCAGCAGCAACAACAACAGCAACUGCAGCAACAACAACAGCAACAACAACAACCCCAGCCACUCCAGACGGUGCAGGUGAGCGCCAUGCAGCACCUGAAGGAGCAGCUGGAGCAGAGGACCAGGCUGAUCCAGGCCAACAUCCAGAGGCAGCAGGAGGAGCUGCGCCACAUCCAGGACCAGCUGCAGAGGGUCCAGGGCCCGGCUGUACAGAUGUUCCUGCAGCCGCCGCAGGGGGCGUCCAUGAACGUCCAGCUGCCUCCCGUGGGCUCGGUGCAGCAGACCACCACGCUGACCAAUCAGAUCCAGCAGAUCCAGCAGAGCGCCGCCACGCACACAGGGAGUCAGCAGAUCACCCUCCAGCCACCUCCCCAGCACACCCAGCAGACCUUACAGCAGCACCCCAACGCCCUCGCACAGACCCAGGCCCAGCCACAGGGCUCCGUGUCCGCUCCCCUCUACAACACUAUGAUGAUCUCCCAGCCGGGGCAGCCCAACCUGCUGCAGAUCAGCACCAGCCUGCCCCAGACCAACCCCCAGCAGGGCGCCACCGUGACCACCUUCACUCAGGACCGCCAGAUACGGUUUCCCGCGGGCCAGCAACUGCUCACCAAGCUGGUGACGGCGCCCAUGGCGUGCGGCGCGGUCAUGGUGCCGACCUCCAUGUUUAUGGGCCAGGUGGUCACGGCCUACAACCCCUUCGGAGGACAGCAGCAGGCCGGACAGACGCAGACCCUCACGCUUCAGCCCGCACAGGCCCCCCAAGGCCAGCAGGACAACCAAAACCAGACCACCCUGGUGACCCAGAGUCAGCAGGGCCAGCAGCAGCAGCAGCAGUUCCUCCAGGGAACCCGUCUUCUCCACGGCAACCAGUCCACCCAGCUCAUCCUGCAGGCGGCGUUCCCUCUGCAGCAGCAGGGCACCUUCACCCAGGCCCCGCAGCAACAGCAACCACAACCGCAACCACAACCACAACCACAACCACAGCAGCAGCAGCAGCAGCAGCAGCUACCACAGCAGCAGCAUCAGCAGCAGCUCCAGGCGCUCCACCCGAGGCACCAGCAGCAGCUGAAGGUCCAGCCCCAGAAGCAGCAGAAGGUGGCCUCCUCACACCGGACUGACGGUCAGCCUCAGUAGUGAGGCCAGAAAACCCCCCCCCCCCCUCUUUCUCUCUCUCUCUCUCUCUCUCUCUUGCUCUCUCUGUCUCUCUACCUUAAGCUAAUAUGUAGGGGAGGAGGGGGCGUGGUCAAAGUAUAACAAACUUCAAUUUUUUUCCCCACUAGAGGGCCGUCAUUUCUUUUCACUCUCUUUUCCAAGCCUGAAAAUAAAUGAACUGUUAAGGAGGAAAAGUAGGAACACAUGUUGCCACGGCAACCCUGCUGGAUGAGACGGAACAUGCCACCCCCCCCCCCACACCCUCCCCGUUCCCUGGGAGGCAGAGGCUCAAGUGCGGUCCCUGGUCUCUGAAAAGCUUGACGAACACACAGAGAACGGAUCAUCACCAUGGUAACGAAAGACUGUUUUUAAAAGGCUGGGUCGCGGUUGGACCUGUACAGAAAUACUGUAUAAUAAAGAAGACUUAUCUUUGUAAAUAAUACACAAUAUAGCCUAACAAGGAAAAAACAAAAACAGAAAUGUAGUAUUUUAUAUGAUUGCAUGGAACGAAAUAACUGUGUACCUAAGCUUACAUCGGUCGGUUUUUAUGGAAAAAAACUAAUUGUACUUUUUAUUUUAUUUUUAGUGUGUGUCGUGGUCAAUGACGGGGGCGGGGCUGUGUUCUCCAUAGCCACGCCCCUCUCUCUCCCCCCCUCCCCCCCGAUGAGCGUCGAGCCGCCCUUUCCACACGCUUUGUGUCCUAAAUCCACCCUAACUACACGGUUACUAUAGAGGGCGUAGGACGGGUAGUGAGCUGCGGCUGAAGGCAAUGCGAAGCAGGAUGAUCACUGUGUUCAGUGGUCCCAAGUGCCAAUAGCAACAUAAUUAACCUUUAUUUUCUUCUUCUUUUGGAAAACUAUUGAAAGAAGUAUAUAUAUAUUUCCAUCAGAAUAUAACCCAGAAUAAAACGUGUGUGUGUGUGUGUGUGUGUGUUUGUGUGUGUGUCUGUUUGUGUGUAUAUAUAGUAGGGAUUAUUUUUUGAAAGUCAGAGAGCCCUAUACAAGACGCAGUAUAUCUUCAAACCCCCCGGAUUAUAUAGCACUUAAUGUGGUUGUGUACAGUAAAUCACUAUCAAGACCCGGUUCUUUGUAAUCUCUGUGCAUAUGUGUGUGUAUCUGUGUGUGUGUGUGUGUGUGUGGCUAGGGUAUCUUGGAGAAAAGAGUUCUUGCAAGGAACAUAGGUCUGUUUGUGCAUGCUUGUUGGUGUGCUCUUGCGUGUGCGUGCGUGAGUGCGUGUGUGUGUGUGUGUGUGUGUGUGUGUGUGUGUGCACGGGCCAGCCAGAUAGCCCAUGGUGUCUUACAAUAAUUGACUUAGUAAGCUUUGGUAGAGUUCGGUGGAUGGUACUUGUAUUCUCAGGAAUGGUGAAAGGUUAGCUCCUGCCUCAGUGUGGAGAACAAGAGAGGACAGGACGACCCCCCCCCCCCCCCCCCCCCCCCCAGCCCCCAGCCCCCUAUGUGAGGAGGCGGGAAAAGGAAAGACCCCCGGUCUUCUGGAGCCAUCCUCGACCCGUCCUGUCGCUCCCCAGGACCCCCCUAGGACCUCGUGCAGUACACGCCCACUCUCCGUCGACAGCAGACGGAGGGCUAGCCAGGGCAACUGAUCCCACCCCCAGUGGGGUCGGGCCUGACGACUCACCUUCACAAAGAAGUUGUAAGCCAUAUCAAAACGGAGGGGCCUUGGAUCGGAGCAGGAAGACGUUAAACGGUGGGAGAAGGAGGGCUAAAAACGUGGGAGUGAUUUUUGGUGUGCGUGGGUCGGCGGGAAUGUGUCUUUGAGCUUUCGUUGGUGUUGUGUGUUGUUUGGUGUCCUUUUAGUCUACUUGCUCUCGUCACUCGUUGGGGAAGGGGGGAGGGGUGUAGUAGGCACGCCGAUGGCGCCGCGUCGUCGCGGCGACGUUCUCAUUGGGGGGAAAAGGAAGACGGAGACCCAAAGAUUCCCAUUGAAGGAGACGACUUUAUAUUGAGGCUGCAGCUAAUGGCAUUGUUUCAACUGGAGGUGUGUGACAUGGGGCCGUCGCUUUGUACGAGCCCCUGCCCUGGGUUAGGUAAAGGCUGUCUGGUUUUUUUUCAACUGGGAUGUAAAGGAAAGCAUUUUUCUCCUUCUCAAAUGGGGAACUGAGGGGCCAGUUGGUUCCCCCCAACCCCAAGCGAUAGCCAAUCAGUUCUUGCGUUGCAGUAAAAAGAAAGAUACACAUUUUUUCAAGAAACUUCCUCUUAGGGUUAGAGUGUUGGAGGACGGACUAGCCUGGGUGUGGCAUAGCCCCACCCGAAUGUGUGUGUGUAUUUGUGUGCGUGUGUGUGUGUGUGUGUGUGUGAGAGAGAGAGAGAGAGUAGCCACAUGUGUGGGUAUACGAGUCACUGUAACCAGUUUUAGCUUCCUAGCAAUGGCAUCAGAUGAAUGGAUGUGAACGAAGCAAUGCAAAGCAUCACUACGAACAGGUUCAAAGAAUACAGGCACUUAUUUCUGAUUUCUGAUUCUUUUUUUUUCUGGUUUCGAGUCAGGUGACCUAUAGAAUAGUGAAAGACACGGAAACGAAUCACAUCAGACUACGAAGUAAAUAGAGAUCCUUCAGGAUGUAAACUGUGAGUGGGGAGUGUGGAUUUCUUUGAGGGGUCAACGAGAGCCGGACAGCAAUAUGCGGGACCACCCCGGGGUCGCUCAGGUCCUAUAGGGGCCCUCCAGCCCGCUGAGGGGCCCUCCAGCCCGCUGAGGGGCCGCUGGUGAGACGUUGUUCCACAGGGCGCCACGGAAACCAAGUCCAAAGAAUGUAAAGCUGUAGUAUUAGUUUAGUUGUAUCUUUUUGUGCUCUCAAAGACGAAUGGAUGUGAUCACUUGCUGAGAGAAACGAAGAGAGCCUCUGGGGAAAGGGCGUGUCAUGACGGGAAGUAAAGGUUUUGUGGGAAAUGUCAAUCGAAUUGGUUGGCUUCACGGUUGUAAACGUGCCAGUGCUGCGGCUCUGUAACUACACACUGGAUUGCUUGUCGCCAUCUAAAGGUUAGGGUUAGUGUACAGUCUAUGAUCUGUCCAAAUCAAAGAACUAUGGUGCACUGUAAAAUACAAAACAGAUUAACAGGUGCUGUUUCCCAUGAAAUGGUGCGGUCAAAAAGAUGUACGAUACGACCAAAUCAAUCAAGUUUGUUAGGUCUUGUUUUUCGAUUUAAACUUGUUUGUAUGGUUCAUGUUUUUUAUAUAUUCAAGAAAAUAUGUUGAAAUUGGUCUUUAUAACAUCCAGUGUAAAAUAAUGUAAUUGUGACACAUUGCGACGUAAGAUGAGCCUUUUUUGUUCUGUUCAGGAGGAACCUGCAUCAUUUUAACUAUUGUACCGUAUUUUCCGGACUAUAAGUCGCGUUUUUUUUGUAGUUUGGCUUGCCCUGCGACUUAUAUUUCGAAGCGAUUUAUAUGCCAAAAUUGUGUGUACAUAAUCUUUGGCCGCAAGAUGGCACCGUCAUUCAUUAGGCCUACAACUGAACGCUGCAAGCCUACUGCACCACCGAAUAAAUUAUAAAUAAACUAGACCGUAGACAAAACAAAAGAGAACACAAAAUAAAAUGCCGCCAAAAAGAAAAAGCUAUACUGCACAAUUUAAACUGCAGAUUAUAAAGUAUGCAGCCGAAAACGGCAAUCGAGCAACAGAAAGAAAGUUUGGGGUGAGUGAAAAACUUGUCCGGGACUGGCGAAAAGCCGGGACUGGCGAAUAGCCUAUAUUGCUAUUGCAAUUAUAUUCAGUCUCUCCAGACUAAACGUUCUUGUUUAAAUGUUUAAAAAUAAAUGCGACUUAUACACCGAUGCGACGUAGGCCUAUAUAUGUUUUUUUCCUCGUCAUGGAGCAUUUUUUGACUGAUGCGACUAAUACUCGGGAGCGACGUAUAGUCCGGAAAAUACGGUAGUUUAUAACCUUUAGGUGGCAGUAAAGACAAGACAUUGGUCUGUUGUGUAGUCUCUUUUAAUAUCUGCUCUGAGAAAACAUUAAAAGUGUGUUUCGUCGAAUGAUUUGGGAGCUAGGAUAUUUUGAACGGCAUGCCAAGAAAGUACGGUUAAAUCCCAGCCCUAACUCUCCCCUCACACCGGGAACAUCUGUAGACCCUUCAUACAGAGGUUUAUAACAAAGGACGGAAUCAGGUUUGGUUAACUGUGGGUCUGUAUGCAAGAUGUCCAUAAUGAGUCCAAGAUGUCCAUAAUGAGUCCACCUCUGUGAUAAAGGCCCCUGCGCCUAAUUGUUCUGUACAGCUAGUAUUCUUUACACACGGCACCAGUAUUCAGUGUGAAAUGGUGCUAUCUGCUUAUCUAUACUGUACUGUAUGUAUGUAAGUCUCCAUAUUUUGCUCAUCUACUGUGCUCCUUUAUUCACCCCAAAGUAAAAUGUAACAAUGUAUAUUUUGAAGCAAGAUGUUUGCUAUCGUUAUAACCCCAGACUGCCCCCUACUGGACGUUUUGAAAAUAAAACCAACUGCAAAUUAUUAUACAUGAAACAA